GCCACGGGAGACAUCCCGGCCUAUCAGCUGCGCUCGCCCACCUCGGGCCUGGCCCAGAGCAUCGUCAUGGCCGCCUCCCCCAGCAGCAUGCAGAGCCCCUCCUCCCACCACGCCGAGGAGGUCACCCGCAAGAGGGAGGUGCGGCUGAUGAAGAACAGGGAAGCCGCCCGGGAAUGCCGCCGGAAAAAGAAAGAGUACGUAAAGUGUCUGGAAAACCGAGUGGCCGUCCUGGAAAACCAAAACAAGACCCUGAUUGAGGAGCUGAAAGCCCUGAAGGACAUCUACUGCCACAAAGCCGAGUAG